UGUCAGGCUCUCAUUGCGGCUCCCCCCAUGGUUUUACUUCUUUUUAUAAAACCUGGGCAAGAGCACAUUUGUACAUCUGUGGUACAUCUCGAUGCAGCUGGGGAGACGUCAGAGAACAGCCGAGUGCAGCGUCACCACUGACGCUGAAGCGUAGUAAAGCCGAGCACCAACCAGAUGAAUGACCUGAAGCCAGCGUAGAGCAUUCACUUUUAGAGGACACGGCUACAGCACGAUGUACUGAAGCGGUUUAAGGUUUAGCCACAGAGUUUAUUGUCUUCCAACCUUCACGGCGCUUUUCGAAUUCUCACGUUCACCUGUUUGUGCGAUGGCAAGAGGAGAGGGCGCCGAGCAAUACGCAGCGGUUUUAUUGUCUGUGAAGCCUGUUGUAAACGCAGAGAUCAAGGCUAAGAAACCGAGGCAGAAAAAUGGUCUGUCUGUGUGGAACAAACUGUGUUACGCCAUUGGUGGUGCUCCCUACCAGAUGACAGGCAGCGCUCUGGGAUUCUUUCUCCAGAUCUACCUCCUGGACGUGGCACUGCUGGAUCCUUUCCACGCCUCGGUCAUCCUGUUUGUGGGGCGGGCCUGGGAUGCUGUCACUGACCCCACUGUGGGCUUCUUGGUGAGCCGGAGCAGGUGGACUCGCAUCGGACGCAUGAUGCCAUGGAUCCUUUUAUCUACACCUUUGGCAGUGCUGACAUAUUUUCUGAUAUGGUAUGUGCCUCCAUUUGAACAAGGCAAAGUCCUCUGGUACCUGGUGUUUUACUGCCUAUUCCAGUCAAUGCAAACGUGUUUCCAUGUUCCGUACUCGGUCCUCACCAUGUUCUUAAGCAAACAUCAGAAAGAACGGGACUCUGCCACUGCCUAUCGUAUGAUGGUGGAAGUGUUGGGAAAUGUUCUGGGUACAGCCAUCCAAGGUCAAAUAGUGGGCGGGGCUACUGCAGACUGUCCUACGGAGACAACAAAUUCCUCCCAGAUCAACAAAACCAAAAUCUCACUAGAAGAUACGAAACAAGCCUACAUGUUUGCAUCUGGUGUCAUCUGUUGCAUCUACAUCGUCUGUGCUGUUGUCCUGUUCUUGGGUGUAAAGGAGCAAAAAGACAACGGAGAGAAAAAGUCUGCGCCUCUCACUUUCCAGCGUGGACUAUGGCUGGUGAUGAGCCACAGCUCAUAUGUAAAACUGGUUAUCAGCUUCCUUUUCACAUCGCUGGCCUUUAUGCUCAUAGAGGGAAACUUUGCCCUUUUCAUCAUGUACGCUCUUGGCCACAGAAAUGACUUUCAGAACAUUCUUCUUGUAAUCAUGUUGUCUGGCAGUCUGACCAUUCCUUGCUGGCAAUGGUUCCUUACUCGCUUUGGCAAGAAGACAGCUGUUUAUAUUGGCAACUCUUGGGCAAUUCCUUUUAUGAUCCUUAUAGUUUCCAUUAAAAGCAACUUGAUCAUUUCCUACAUGGUGUCAGUAGCUGCUGGAGUGAGUGUAGCAGCAUCAUUCCUAUUGCCCUGGUCCAUGCUUCCAGAUGUGGUGGAUGACUUCAAACUUAAAAAUCCAGAUGUUCAUGGACACGAAGCAAUCUUCUAUUCUUUCUACGUCUUCUUCCUUAAAUUUGCCUCUGGCAUCUCUUUGGGCAUCUCCACUCUCAGUUUAAAAUUUGCAGGAUAUGUGACCGGAGCUUGCUCCCAGCCGGAGUCGGUUAGUUUAACCCUGAAGAUGCUGGUUUGUCCUGUGCCACUGGUACUCAUUGUUUUUGGACUGCUAAUAUUAAAAACAUACCCUAUAGAUGAAGAAACCAGAAAAUGCAAUCAAAAACAACUGCAGGAAAUUCUGGACUCUGAAUCUGAUUCUGAAUCGUCAAUACUCGGGAGCAGUGUUUAGUACAGCCUGUACUGGGCUUGACAUUUUUGCACCUGUUGAAGCAAACCCUAGACCAAGGACCACAGCUGCCUCUACCAGAAAAACUCCCAUGGAGCCCCCUGGUGGCAAAAUGGUGUUGGUUCUCCACAUGAUGAAAUAUUAUUUUCCAAAGAGCUUUAGUUUCAAGGUCUGCAUUGUUACAUUAUGAAUUUGGGGUUCUGAUGUCGGUGGCUACUAGUUCAUCCCUUGGUUUACUCCAUGUGAGGAGUAGAGCUGUUUCUCUUGUCAAAUGUGUAGCAAUUCAGACGGUCUGAAUUGCCAAUUUGUGCCCUUAUUUUGAAGGGUCCACCAGCACUAUUCCACUGAAUGAGGCUGAAGCUGUGCCAGUUUCUACACAUUAUUUUAUAUUCCACAUCUAAAUGUGAAAUCUACUUGAAUUCAAAUGAUGGGGAAGGCACAUGACACCAACUAUAUCUAUUUGACUAAAUCACUGCCUUACACUCUGUCUGAGAUGAGAUUAUUUUGUCUUUUCUUUUUGCUACAUGCAAGGAGGAAAUACAUUUUGAAUGAAGCUUGAUGAUUUCAUAGUCAGAACACAGAAUACCUCAAAGUAUUUUAGCAACACUUAUUCAAACCACUUCUUGCUUAAAUUAAUUAUUUAUUGUAAGCGAUACAGAUGGUAAUUCUCCUGUGGAAUUAAAUAUUUAAAUUAUUUAUUAAAACUUGUUGCUCAAAAUGUAAGACAAAGAUGUAGGUAUAUAUUCCUGUAGAGAUUUGUACUGAACACAAAGCCUGUGUUCAAGUUGCUGCUGUAAAAUGCGAUGUAAAAACAGAUAACUUUAAUCUGUGAAUUUAUUUGUUGUGUUGAAUGUUUGUAAAAUGUUUUCUUGAAUGUUACUUUUGAAUAAAAAAAACAAAACAAAA